CAGCGCACGGCGCACACUGCACACAGAGACAAAGAAGGAAUCACGAGAGAAUCAGCUUUUGCUCCCCAGCGCUGGCCCUGUGCCCCGUGCAUUCUGCUGCGUAGUAGCUCUUGCGCCGUUCGAGAAUUGGCCCACGGAUUCAUGGAGGUUGCGGCACCCCGGUCGCCCCUUCUUCUUCCUCCUCGGACGAAGGUCCCUGUCCUGCCAUUGCUACUGCUGCUGGUUGCCUCGCUUGCUCGACAUGCUUCCUCCUCCGACGGGUCGCGCUACGAUUACAGGGCUUAUACUGAAUGCAAACCCCACCCUGAGCCUGCUCUGUACAACGGCGGCAUCCUGCGUUGGGCGAAGAAGGUGAAGAACUUCAGAACACUGGAUGAAGGCAACUACUCGCCGUCGUUUGUGCUCUACAACAUGUCUGCGGCCACCGUGUACAGCUUCUCUUGCUGGGUGAGAAUCGAAGGGCCAGCAACUGCCCAUGUGAAGGCAAAGAUCCUGUCACUAGACAACGCUGCAUCUCAGUGCCUGGGCACAGCUAUGGUGCGAAAUGACUGCUGGUCCUUUCUCAAGGGCGGUUUCAGUCUCGGCUCGGCUUCACCGACCUCCGUCCUCUAUUUCCAGACUGCAAGCCCAAAUGCCUCCACGGUUUCAAUCAGGAGCGCCUCCUUGCAGCCGUUUUCCCCUGAACAAUGGAGCCAACACAGAGAGGACCGCAUCCAACUGAUCCGUAAACGCUUCGUCAACAUCCACGUGUCGGACAGCAACGGCAGCCGCGUCAUCGGCGCCAAAGUCUCGGUGCACCAGAUGAGCAGAGAUUUCCCCCUGGGCUCUGCCAUCAGCAAGACGAUACUCGGCAACAGGCCCUAUCAGGAAUGGUUCAGCAAGAGGUUCAACGCGGCGGUGUUCGAGAACGAGCUGAAAUGGUACGCCACAGAGCCGGUCCCGGGCAAAGAAGACUACUCCCUCGCCGACCAGCUUCUCAACUUCGUGCAGUCCAGCGACGCGGUAGCGCGCGGGCACAACAUCUUCUGGGAGGACCCGAAAUACACUCCAGGAUGGGUGAAAAACCUCACGGGCGAGCAGCUCCGUGCCGCGGUGGCCGGCCGGAUCGAGAGCCUGCUAUCGCGUUACAAAGGCGACUUCGUGCACUGGGACGUGAGCAACGAGAUGCUGCACUUCGGGUUCUACGAGGACCGGCUGGGCCGCAACGCCACCGCGGAGUUCUUCCGCACGGCCCGGCGCGCCGACCCGCUGGCCACGCUGUUCCUCAACGACUUCAACGUGGUCGAGGUCUGUGAUGACUUGAGUUCCAGCGCCGACGAGUACGUGGCGAGGCUCCGGGAGCUCGCGGACGCCGGGGUUACCUUCGAGGGGAUCGGGCUUGAGGGACACUUCGGGAAGCCCAAUGUGCCUUACGUUCGCGCCGUACUCGACAAGCUCGGUACACUCCGGCUCCCCGUCUGGCUCACCGAGGUCGAUAUCAGCAGCUCCCUCGACCAGAAAACCCAGGCGGCGUAUUUGGAGGAGGUGCUUCGGGAGGGGUUCGCGCACCCGUCGGUAGACGGGAUGAUGCUGUGGACGGCCAUGGAUGCGAACGGGAGCUGCUACCAGAUGUGCCUCACGGACCGGAACAUGAGCAACCUCCCGGCGGGGGACGUGGUGGACAAGCUGCUGGGGGAGUGGCAGACCAGGGAGGUCCUCGGCGCCACAAAUGACCGGGGGUCAUUCAACUUCAGCGCCUUCCUCGGGGAGUACAAGCUCUAUGUGGCAUACCUCAACUCCUCCGCCGAGGGGACAUUCUCGCUGGCUCGCAGCGACGACACCAAGCACAUCAGCAUCCGCCUCUUGCCCUGAUCGAUCUGAUCCAACGUCAUGUCGACAUAUAUUUACGAUUUCUCAUUUGUGCUAGCUGAACUUGGAGCUGUAUGUAUAUGCACGGUUCCAGUUUAGAUCGAUGGAUUUAUAUCAUUAGCUGGUGGCAAGCGUAUAUUUGUUUGGACCCAUAUCUAGGCGCUUCUGUGCUUUUUGUAAUGAUCAUGUUGUUCGUGUUACACUAUUGCUGUUACUUGAAAGGGUGUUUGGUUUUCUUUUA